AAUUGCUAAUUUAAUUUGUCCACUUCUUUAUUUAUUACUGCAAAACAGUGCCUUCAUUUGUUUCUGUGUGUCUCUUCAUAUUUUUUAUUUCUAGUUUAGUUAAUUUUGGAGAUCUAUGGAGGCUUCUUCUUCUUUGGAUUGGGAUUCUGAAAUUGGGUUCCAGCCCCAUGUUCUAGCUGUUGACGAUAAUCUCGUCGACCGUAAACUCGUCGAGAAGUUGCUCAAGAACUCCGCUUGUAAAGUAACAACAGCAGAAAAUGGUCGCAGUGCUUUGGAGUUUCUGGGUUUAUUGGAUGAUCAUCAACACAGCAACUUAGAACGUAGGAGUAGAUCGAAGGUGAACAUGAUCAUCACAGAUUAUUGCAUGCCUGGCAUGUCUGGAUAUGAACUCCUCAAAAGGAUUAAGAGAUCGUCGAUAAUGAAGGAAGUUCCCGUGGUGAUCGUAUCAUCAGAAAACGUCCCCACUCGCAUCAACAAGUGUUUAGAGGAAGGAGCUGAGAUGUUCAUGUUGAAACCUUUGAAGCAAUCUGAUGUGGUGAAACUACUGAAAUGCCAGAUGAUGAACUGAGAUAAAUCUAGAGAGAAAUAUUUUUCCAGUUUAGAUUUUUUUCUUUCUUUUUUCGGAAGAUUUGAAAGGCCUUGAGCUGUUUUGCAAAUUUUGUGGAUGCCACUGUUCAAUGGAUUUAGGCUGCAAUAUUCCAAUGAUUUUGGAUUUAUAAAUAUGUCUAAUCACUUCAUAUUGGUAAUUUAUUUGGGAGAAAAUUUUUUUUAGACUUUUA